AUGGCUGUGGAGGUUGGGGUAGAGCUCUGCUUCCCUCAUCUUAACACCUCAUGUUUGAAACCCGGUUCCCUGUGGUUUUCUCUGUUACUGACCUCCACACUUUCCCCCACCUCUUUUUUCACAGUGUCACUCAACCUGCUUGUCAUCAUCUCCAUCUCUCAUUUCAGGCAGCUGUACACUCCAACAAACAUCCUCCUCCUCUCUCUGGCCAUCACAGACUUGCUCAUAGGCCUGGUCAGUAUGCCGGUGGAACUCAUCCAAAGAACUUCCUGCUGGUAUUUUGGGGACGUUGUUUGUCUUUUGGCUAUUUUUUCACCUCUAUUUUUAACGUCUGUUUCAAUAGGAAACAUCCUCCUCAUAUCUAUCGACCGUUAUGUCGCCAUCUGUGACCCUCUGCGUUACUCGAGCAGAGUCACUCAUAGGAGAGCUUCGGUGUGUGUGUGUUUGUGCUGGCUCUGCUCUGUUUUAUACAUUUGUCUCUAUUUAAAGGACACCCUCAGUCAACCAGGAAGGUUUAGCACCUGUGAUGGAGAAUGUACUUUUCAAAUUGACUUAGCUAUGGGAACUGUUGACGUCGUUUUGUCGUUUAUCAUUCCUUUUGCUGCCAUAAUUGUUCUGUACAUAAGAGUGUUCAUUGUGGCUGCGUCUCAGGCUCGCGCCAUGCGUUCUCACGUGACAGCCGUCAAUCUCCAGCUCUCCCUCGCGAUCCCGGUGAAGAAAUCAGAGCUGAAGGCAGCCAGGACUCUGGGUAUUCUUGUCAUGAUCUUCCUCAUUUGUUUCUUACCGAGUUUCUACUUCAGUAUUGCAGGGGAAGAUUUGGGUUAUACGCCAUUUGGAGCCUUUGUUAUAUUUGUGUUUUAUUUAAACUCGUGUGUGAACCCGCUGAUUUACGCCAUGUUUUACCCCUGGUUUAGAAAAGCUGUGAGACUCAUUGUGACUCUUCAGAUCCUGCAGCCGGGCUCCCGUGAGGCCAACGUGCUGUAG